GUUGGCGCACAUGCGCUUCACUUUUGACGUCCUAAUUUGACAGUGUGGUCGUGACUCGUUUAUUGUGUUUAUUUUCGUUAAAAUUUGGGCAAAAACUUGGCAAUUUUAAACACAAAGACGAUGUAGUGGGCCCUUGGGUAAAAUCUCGUGUGUGAAUCAAAUCAAAAGGCUGCUUCAAAGUUAUGGAUCAUCUCGCCCAAGAUUUGAGCGUGGCUCUAGAAGAAUCCGAAAGUUGUGGUCCCAUAACUUUCGCUCAUGAAACCCCCGGAAAAUGGGGCAUGAGACGUCGCACUCGCUCCGCGGGGAACUUACUAGUUUACAUGAACAAUUCCCCCGAUAAUCAAGCAGAAGACAGUUCCAGCAGUAAUUCCGAGACUCGAACUGAGAAGACUUCAAGUAGCUUCGAAUGGCGGUUAAAACACGCCUUACAGAGUUAUAUCAGGUACAGUAGGCGGUGUAAGUUGGGGGUGAACCACAGUUUAGAGAGCGACUCAGUGAAUGAAAAUUCGCCAGCAAGGCCAAAUUUGCGCCGAAAACGCAAACUUAAACGCAUGAGUAUUGACGAAGCGCCGGUGCCCCCGUGUGGCAAGCGCAAGCGCCCCCAGAGAUUCGACAUUGUCGAAAAUGGGCGCUCUUUGCGGCACCCGACUCGAAUCCGCCCUUUGCACCAAACUGUCGUCGACAAAAUUGAGAAAAUGUUCCAGAAUUCCUCAAAUCUGGACGACACCAACACCAUGGAGACGCAGAGCAUCGACGACUGCGACUUCACCAGCGAAAGCAGCAUAAGUUGGAGCGGGGGCGAAGGCCACGACGGUGACGAUGAACUCACAGACUGGGCCCCCACGAUGGACAACCCCUCUUCCAUGGAGCAGCCGUUCAAUGAGGCCGACCCGCGUGAAAUUCGUGCCGGUUGCAGGCGGUUAGGCGACGAAAGGCCGGGCUUUAGUAUCAGCACGGGGGCGAACGAACGCGUCGCUAAGUUUCUCCAAGACACCACCAAGUCCGAGUUGAGGGUCUUAGGGGGCGAACGCGAGAAAUUGGGACAGUUGGCAGCUCUCUACUCGUUGGAUUUGUGGUUUGAGAGCCCCACCUCUUCACUAUUGAGGAAGACUAACAAGACUCCUUGUAUGCAGCCCCCACAGAAGCACCACAGCGGCAUGAGCGCCGGGCAUAAGAGGAUUCGGACGCAUGGGAGAUUCGUAGGAGUGGAGUAGUGCCUUGGAGGCUUGAUGUGACCCCACUUUUUUUAGGAUAAUUUUAAUUUUGUUGCCGCUUUUUAUUAGGGAAUUCAAGUAAUUGUAGGUAAUGUGGGGUUGUGUCACAAUAUCGGAGUUUGUGUGCGUUUUUAUCAUUCCAUAUCAGUAGAUUCAGAAAACUGUCCACAAAUUUCGUCAUUUUAUUUUAAUUAGAAGCUCAAUUUCGACAUGUUAAACUAGUACAAAGUAUACUAAGUAAUAAUGAUUGUACAGUAUUUAUUUUUACUGUAAUAAUUAUUGUAUAGGAUUAAUAUAAAAAAAAGUUACAUAUUUGUCGCCUUAAUUUUGAGGAUUGAAAUAAAAUUCGAUAAUUUUAA